UGUUUUUCUUGAAAAAUAAUUAGUCUGUUGUAAAUUACUCUUAACGCUAUAUUACAGCUAAAAUACCCUUACCGUAGCCGUAACUAAAGAGGUUUUAAAUUGCUUAUAGGAUCUUAAACAAUAUUAGUUGUUCAAAGUGCGCCGGAAGAUAUAUUUGGAAUCCACGAGAGUGUCACAAAAGGAGUCAAACUCUUAAGGCUUAGACUGGGAGUAUAGACCAGAAAAAUAGAAAGCACAAAAUGAGGAUCAGCUACCUAUUUCUGCUGCUUCUGUUAUUCUCCACGAUGACUGUCUUGGACGCGAAUCGCAUUGUGAAUGGAGUACCCAUCGACAUACGGGAAGCACCUUGGCAGGUAUCGAUACAAAAAUAUGGGUUUCACUUUUGUGGUGGCUCAAUUUUGAGCAGUCAAAUAAUCGUAACUGCUGCGCAUUGUUUGAUAAACAUGGAUGCAAAAACUUUAAGUAUACGAGCUGGAUCUCGGUUUUGGAAAAAUGGUGGCCAGGUUAUGAAGGUAGCGAAAAUAAAGGCUCAUGAUGGAUUUUCACCGAAGAAAUAUCUUAAUGACAUUGCACUUAUGCGAUUGGCAAGACCGCUAAAGCUUGGACCCCUUGCGCAGAAGAUUGAGCUUCCUACAAGCGUUCCAAGUGAUGGAUCUGGAGCCUCUGUUUCAGGUUGGGGUCUUCUCAAAGCGGAAUCAAGAGAGCGUCCAACGAUCCUGCAAGCAGUGAAGCUUCGUAUAAUGGAUUACAGAAAAUGCCAAAAGACCAAGUAUGGACAAAAUGGUUAUUUAAUCAGCAGGCAAAUGAUCUGUGCCAGCUUAAAUUCCAACGACGCAUGCCAGGGUGAUUCUGGUGGACCCUUGGUCUCCAGAAAGCGACUUGUUGGUAUUGUAUCUUGGGGUAAAGGAUGUGCCUCAUUGGGCUUUCCAGGAGUAUACACCAAUGUUGCAUAUUAUUUAAAGUGGAUAAGCACAGAAAUUAAAAAACUGACCAACUGUUAAAAAAAAGAUCACGUGCUUAAAGUAUAGCAAUAAAAGUUUUGUGAUUUAGUGGAAUACCUAUGUUAA